GCACUAGGCCACCCCUUUGGGUAUCAGCAACCAGAGUUGUAGAGGGUGCUCUGUGACUCUGACUGGUUUCUCUGCUUCUUGUUUCACUUUCCCGAUGGAUGAUUUGCAGAGAGCACUCUCAGUACGAGGUUUAGCACUUUCAAUUCUCCCCGAAAAAGGUCGCUGCCUCUUCUCCACCAGAGAUUUCUCUCCCGGAGAUGUGAUUUUAAGUGAAGAACCUUACGUCUCUGUACCAAACAGAGUUUCAGUUGACUCAAGAUGUGAUUGGUGUUUAACGACAAGUAACCUUAAAAGGUGCUCAUCUUGUCAAGUUGUUUGGUACUGUGGGAGCACAUGCCAGAAGUCAGAUUGGAAGCUGCAUCGUCUUGAAUGUGGUGCUCUCUCAAAACUCGACAAGGAUAGGAAAAAAUCUCUUACAUCUUCUAUACGGUUGAUGGUGAAACUUUACCUACGAAGGAAAUUGCAAAGUGAGAAGAUUAUCCCAACUACUGUGACUGACAACUACAAUCUGGUGGAAGCUUUGGUAUCUCAUAUGUCUGAUAUCGAUGAAAAGCAAUUGGUGUUGUACGCACAGAUGGCUAACCUUGUCAGCUUGAUACUUCAGUUGCCUGACAUCAAUAUAAAAGAGAUUGCAGAAAAUUUUUCCAAGCUUGCGUGCAAUGCGCAUACCAUUUGUGACAGUGAACUGAGACCACUGGGAACAGGACUGUAUCCCAUUAUUUCUAUCAUCAACCACAGCUGCUUGCCAAAUUCUGUCCUGGUAUUUGAGGGAAGGGUUGCAGUGAUUCGCGCUGUGCAACAUAUACCCAAAGGUACUGAGGUAUCGAUAAGCUACAUAGAAACAGCUGGAAGCACCAUGACUCGACAAAAGGCUCUCAAAGAACAGUACUUUUUCUCUUGCGCUUGUCUCCACUGCAUAAAAGUGGGCCAACCUGAUGAUAUUCAAGAAAGUGCAAUUUUGGAAGGUUAUAGAUGCAAGGAUAAUGGAUGUGAUGGUUUCUUGCUUCGUGAUUCUGGUGAUAAAGGAUUCAUAUGCCAUCAGUGUGGACUUGUUAGGGACAAAGAAGAAAUGAAGGAAAUUGCCAGUGAAAUAAAGUUUUUGUCAGAGAAAGCUUCCAAAUUGCUUUCCUCUGGGUAUAAUACAGAAGCCAGUGCUACAUUCAAGAUGAUUGAGAAACUACAAGUGAAGCUAUGCCAUCCAUUUUCGAUUGAUCUGAUGCGAACUCGGGAAACUCUUCUGAAGAUAUUGAUGGAGCUUCAAGAUUGGAAGGAAGCUCUUGCAUAUUGCAGAUUGACUAUUCCAGUUUAUCAGAGAGCAUAUCCAGGGUUCCAUCCUUUGCUUGGACUGCAAUAUUAUACUAGUGGAAAACUCGAGUGGUUACUCGGGGCCACAAAGGAUGCAAUUAAAUCACUGACCGAGGCAGUGGAUAUAUUGCGGAUAACUCAUGGAACAAAUACUCAGUUCAUGAAGGAACUCUUUAUCAAGUUGGAGGAAGCACACGUUGAAGCGUCUUACAAGCUCUCAUCCAAGAACAACUCGCCUAUGGAUGACUAGCAAAACUUACCUUCAUUUGCUUCUGUAAGAUGAAUUUGACAUCAACGGUAGUAUACAUUUUUCUGCUGUGAGCUACGCAGAGGAAGCGACAACUUGUGCAUCUCAUUGUGAUCAGUUGAGAUUUUAGUCAGUCACAACAAUGUCUAGUUUGGCUUCUUUCAGUUCAGAGCAGAUAUACGUCUUCUUGGGCUAGUGACUCGGUUCCUAUACUCACUGCCCAAGUAACCAAUUUUCGGCCCUUAAAAUUAUUUCACUGUCUUUGUGUUCGGCUUGUUGAUGGAUUGAUUGCCUAGAAUUGGUCGGUAGCAGUUGUAUUAAGAACAGGUUUAUAAAUUUCAGGUUUUGAGACCACCUAUUGUACAAUUUGCCCUUGUAAUAGAAAAUUUUGAGUAGGGGAUUGGUAAACUUUUAGAAGUAUGUUAUCCUCAACUUCUUUUA